CAGAGUAGGCCAAAGUUAUAACAAAAUAUAAAUUUUUACCUAAACUAAAGAAAAAUUUUCGUGUAGUCACAUCUGCUACAACCAGAUAACAUUUGAAAUCAACUGUUAGGAGUUAGCCAAAAUUGUAAAGCGUACACAAAGUGCCCAUCUGAAAAUUAUAAAUUUCCAAAUGGCCGCCAAAAAUAUUAAUAAAAUUAACAGUAUGAGCCUUUUUGGCUUAACCAAAAGAUUCCCAAACACUCCUUAUUCAGGUUACUCCGCACAUCGUUAUGUGACAUCUUUUAAGCAAUUGAAGAAACCAAUACCCGAACCCAAUUACUCCAAGUUCUUAAGCAAAAGCUCUGCAAUUAGUCUGAUCCAUGAGGAAAGAUCACGACAUGGUAUGCCCAUUACAGAGAAACGGCUUGAGAGCCACCUGGCUGCCGAGCAGAUCCGCAAAUGCAAUGAGAUACUCAAGGAGCACUAUCUACAGAGGCGGAAACUGCAAGAAAAAGUAUUAACUGGAGAAGACUUACAGGAACCCACUUUGUCAAGGAAACUAAAAGAAAUCAUGGCCCAUGAGGUUAUGAGCUCAACUAAAAAUCAUUAUAAAGUCGAAAAUCUCAGGCGGUUCCAUGGUAUGGAAAACAACCGCUGCUUAGUCGACUUUAGGCCACAGACCAGUGGCUUUGUUAGGCGCUGGCAAAUGAAGAUACCAUUACGUAUGUUAAGUGAAUAUGAUCAGCAGCAUCUAAGCGAAUUGGAUAAGACUAUAUUAAGCAAACGAAGCCGCAAGGUUGAAAAACUUAUAAAACCUCCUGAGAAAAAAAAUCAGGAAAAACUGCACUUAAAGAAAAAGAAUGAGCCAGAAAAAAUUAUAUCUAAGGAAAACAGUAAGAACCAAAAGAUGUGGCAAAUCGGUUCUCGCAAAAUUCCACGUUUGGAAUAAUUGGCAACCCUACAAAACAUGAAUAAGAUUUGUAUAAAUUCAAAAAUUUAUCAAAAUUGCAAUUUUGGCGUCCAAUAUUUGUAAAUUAGUUUUCGCCGAUUCAAAGAAAUAUAAUAUUCCGUAGAAAUUAAAA